AGCAGUGGCCGAGCUGCAGAGCUCCUCGCCAAAGAACGUGGAACAGUGCCUGGGUUUAUUGGCUUUGGAACAUCUCCGAGUGAUCUAGGAUAUGUUCCUGCAGUUCAAGGCGCAGAGGAAAUAGACAGUCUUGUGGAUGCUGAUUUUCGAAUGGUGUUGCGAAAACUUUCUAAAAGGGAUAUCACAACAAAAUUAAAAGCUAUGCAAGAGUUUGGGACAAUGUGCAAGGAAAGAGAAGCAGAAGUUGUUAAAGGUGUUCUUCCUUAUUGGCCAAGAAUUUAUUGUAAAAUCUCACUAGAUCAUGAUCGCCGUGUUCGAGAAGCAACUCAGCAAUCUUUUGAGCAACUGAUUCUUAAAGUAAAGAAACACUUAGCUCCUUACUUAAAAAAUAUCAUGGGAUACUGGCUGAUUGCUCAAUGUGACACUUACUCUCCUGCUGCUUCUGCUGCAAAAGUAGCUUUUGAAAAAGCUUUUCCAUCAUGCAAACAACCCGAAGCCUUAGUGUUCUGUAAAGAUGAAAUUCUUAACGUACUUCAAGAUCACCUUCUGAAAGAAACGCCCGAUACGCUCAGUGACCCCCAAACUGUACCAGAGGAAGAAAGGGAAGCCAAAUUUUUCCGGAUUCUGACCUGUUCCUUGUUAGCUUUAAAAAAGUUGCUUAGCAUGUUGCCAAAGAAAGAGAUGCGUUCAUUGGAGGAAAAGUUAAUGUCACUUCUGUCCCAAAACAAAUUCUGGAAAUACAGCAGACACAGCAUACCACAGGUUCGCUCAGCUUUCUUUGAGCUGGCUUCUGCUUUUUGCCAGUACUUGCCUGAUCUGGUGAAGGCUGAAGCACCAAGAGUUUGUCCUGCUGUUCUUCUCGGCAUUGACGACAGUGAUGCAGUGGUGUGUCCUGCUCUUUGGGAAGCUGUACUUUGUGCUGUCACCACUAUUGAGGACUGCUGGAGUCACGUGAAUGCCAAGAAGGGAGUUCUACCAAAACUAUGGACAGUGCUUCGAGAAGGUGGACGAGGGCUAGCUACUGUUAUAUACCCAAAUCUCUUGCCAUUCAUUAGCAAGGUACCUGCUGGCAUUGCAGAACCAAAGCUGGAGUAUUUCAGAACUUUUUUCAGCUCUAUGAUUCAAGGGUUGUCAAGCGAGCGAGCAAUAGCCAGCCCUUCAGAAAGUUCUGCAAUUAUAACCGCAUUUAUGGAAUGCCUGCGCUUUGCCAUACUACAGAAAAUAGACGAAGAUGAUGACCAAAGACAAAUUCAUCAGAUGCUUAUAUAUGACCAGCUAAUUCCUCUUACCAGUGCUGUACUUAAGGAGCCCAGGUUACAAAAUGGACCGUUAUUUUAUCAAAUAGCAGAAAUGCUGAGCUCCUGGGAAGCUAAAGCAGAACGCUCCAAUGAUGAUGACGGAGAUGAAGUUUUUCAGAAUCUGUUGUCAAAUUUUUGGGACCAUCUUUUAAAAAUGUGUGUACUUCACGUUGAUACGUUGGAUGCUGAUGAGAAGUCAUUGUUUGCCGUAUCUGGUAUGCUAGAAAUUCUUCAGAAUCCAAAGAGUGCUACAAACCCAAACAACAGGAAAUCUCUAAAAAUCAGAUUUACAGAUGAGGAUGAAUCCGAAAGAAACACAGAGAAUGGAAAGCUUAUGGAAGUGAGAAAUGGUGACUCUGAAAUAAAGGCUGACUCACAGCAUAGCUCAGUUCUAAGGAAAGAGCCUUUAGAGAAUUUAGUCUGCAGCCUUGCUGAACUGAGUAUUGUGUAUGUCAAUGAACAGAAGUCAGAACAGCAUUUGAAAUUUCUUUCUGCCCUGCUCAACUCUUUUUCUUCAAACAGAGUUUUUCAAGUACUUUUAGAGCAGGGAAACGAUGCAAGCUGUGCUCAAGCUGAAUUUCAAAACGAAAUCAAAGCUCAUCAUGAAAGUCCAUCUGUGCAGUUUCUGUAUAUGAAUUUAAUAACUUGGCUGAAAGAAGACUGGAGAAAAGACACCCAUUUUCUGGUUGAUAUUUUGUACAGUGUGCUUAACUGUUGCAACAGUAAUGAUGAAAGGAAAGUCAUUCUUGAUGAUUUAACAAAGAUGGAUCUGAAAUGGAUUAUUUUUCUCCAGAUAAUUCAAAAGGCAUGCUCAAGCACAACAAAACUUUCUUUAGUCUCUGACUGGCUGAAAGGAGAUACACUUGGAGGAAGACUUGUAUUGCUGGCAGAUGAUCUGUGUCACCUGGGUUUAAAACCCAUAGCAGCCUCCUCAGAAUCAUCCUCUUCAGAAAGGUGGACCCUCCUGAGCUUAGUGUUGUCGCAACACAUUAAAAAUGAAUCUUUGAUUGGUGAAACUUUCGUUGAAAGGAUUAUUGAUAAACUUCAAGCAGCUCUGUCUAAAGCUAAGGAUCUUUCUGAAGCUGGAAACACUGAACCAUCAGUAUCUUUCAUCUGCGAUGUAGCCUCAAGCUUUUUCAGCUCAGUUAAAGGGUGUUUACUGAUGCCAUCCGCAGAAGACUUGCUGCUUACCAUCUUCCAGUUGUGUGCUCAGAGGCAGGACGCUACGCACUUAACAGAUUUACUUGUAUGUAAAUUAAAACACACUUGGAUGUCUGGUGUAAAUUCACUUGUGCAUCAGCUUCGGAGUAUGCAGAAACAGAGUACCUUUUUGCAUAAAUCUGCACUGUGGGUCAAGAAUCAAGUUCAGUCUUCCUCUUUGGAUGUUAAAAGGCUUCAGGUUUUGAUCUCUGCAGUUAGUGAUUUGUUGUCUAAGCUUAUGGAAGCUGACGGACAGUCUGGAUAUCUGGUGGGAGCUUAUGUUGAGCAUGUCACGCCAAACAAAACUGAGUGGGGGAAAUUGCACGAGUCCCUGUCCACCGAG